GACGUCAGAAAAUUAGUCAUCUUUGUUCUAAACUGGCUGUGUAUAAAUCAAACAAAUCAAUUAAUACUCUCUAAUUAAUUUAUUACUAUCUUUUUAAUAAUUAUUUUAUAAAAGCCAAUAAGAUGAAUCGUUUGUUUGGCCGAGGAAAGGAAAAGGUGCCCCCACCCAACAUUAAUGACUGCAUCAAGGGGGUUGAUGAACGCGCAGCUAACAUUGAGGAAAAAGUUAAUAAAUUGGAAAAUGAACUGCGUAAAUAUCGUGAACAAAUGUCCAAGAUGCGUGAGGGACCGGCCAAGAAUUCUGUCAAACAAAAGGCAAUGCGUGUGCUGAAACAGAAGAAGGCCUAUGAACAACAAGUUGAAGCCUUGCGCAAUCAAUCGUUCAACAUGGAACAGGCCAAUUAUGCUGCACAAUCCUUGAAGGAUACCCAGGCCACUGUGGUGGCCAUGAAGGCUGGUGUCAAGCAAAUGCAAAAGGAAUUCAAGAAAAUCAAUAUUGAGGAGAUUGAAGAUAUCCAUGAUGAUAUGGCCGAUAUGUUGGAACAAGCCGAUGACGUGCAAGAGGUCAUGGGUCGUACUUAUGGCAUGCCCGAGGUUGAUGAUGAUGAACUGGAAGCUGAAUUGGCUGCUUUGGGAGAUGAAAUUGCCCUAGAUGAUGAUACUAGCUAUUUGGAUGAUGUUGUCAAAGCACCUUCCGCUCCCGAUCGUGAGCCGGGAGCUGAUAGUCUGGUACCGGGUAAUAAGAGCGGCAUCGAAACGGACGAAUUUGGUCUGCCCAAAGUACCUACCUCGGUGAAAACAUAAUUAUUGCGAUCUUUUUGUUUUUAAAUGUGUAAUGUAAUGUAUUAAGAAUUAUUUGAUGUAACCUCUAGUGUAUCGCUUUUAUAACAAACAAAAAGAUGUUCUAGUGUUUAGAAAUGACAGCACUUUUUAAUUGCUAUAUUUUGGCUUUAACCCGAUGAAUUGUUUAUAUUUAAGUUGGAAUUUACUUUUAUAUAAUAAAAAAAAUCACUCAGAAAA